AUGAAGAAAGAAAAAGUGCGUGGAUGUUAACUAACUUGUUCUUUAUCUAUCAAUUUGCUUAAAUGUCGACUACUGUUGAAAACAUAUCAAACCAGGCAUCACAAGCAUCGUCCGUAGAUGCGAAUAUCCCAAUGGAAGAUAYGUCGCCGAUUUGUAGAAUCUGUCAUGGCGACGACCCGAAAGACAAAGGUGGUUUCAUUCAGCCGUGUUUGUGUAAGGGUACCCUGGGGCUAGUACACCGGGAAUGUGUCGAAUUAUGGCUUACUUUAACUAAACGAGACACCUGCAGAAUCUGUAAUUACCAUUUCAAUGCCACUUGGACGAAAUCCUACAAGCCAAUACAUCAGUGGGCCUGUCCUCCUAUGUCCAUUGAAGACGUUGGAUGGUUGAUUGCAUCMAUUCUAGCUCACAUCACAGUCUUUGUUCAACUGAGCKCCCUAUCCUAUGUUUGCUUCUAUCGUGAUCUCAUCGAAGACCAAAGACUACUUGGUCUCGCUAUCGCUGGUAUUGCUAUCUCACUCCCUUGGACGAUAUUUAUUGUGCUUUCUUGCAGUGUAGUGUUCUGUACUUCGCCUUACUGGCAAACAUGGAAAAUUACCAAUAGAAAGAUUAGCAUUCAUGUGAGCGAUACAAGAUUAUCUGAAAAUCCACAAAAUGUUCGUCAUUAUUAG